AUGGAAUCCCAAAUCAACCGUCUCGUGGAGAAGACAUGGGCAAAAUUCCAAGAAGUACCCCCCAGCAAACGAUACCUGAUCGCCGUGAGCGGGAUUCCUGGGUCUGGUAUGACAAAACGACUCCCGAAAAACGAUUCCCUCCUAAUGAAUGAUUUUCCCAGGAAAAACCACCCUCGCCGCCAAGAUCACCCAACGCCUGAUUGAAAAGGGCCACGCCGAAACACACGGCACCUCGGACAUCGCGACCUUCCUGCCCAUGGACGGCUACCACCUCACCCGCGCCCAACUCAGCGCCAUGCCGGAUGCCAAAACCGCACACGCCCGCAGAGGAGCAGCCUUCACCUUCGACGCACCGCGAUUCCUCUCCCUGGUUAAAGAACUCCGAGCACCCAUCUGUCCCGAGACGACGACAGUCUACGCCCCGUCGUUCUCGCAUGCCAAGAAGGAUCCCAUGGAAGACGACAUACCCAUCGAGAAGAGCGCGAGGAUCGUGGUCAUGGAGGGGAAUUAUUUGUCCCUGGGGACGGGGGCGAAGGAGUGGAGGGAAGCGGCGGAGUUGAUGGAUGAGUUGUGGUUUGUGGAGGUGGAGUUUGACGUUGCGAGGAAGAGGUUGAUUAAGAGGCAUGUGGAGAGUGGGAUAGCGGGUGAUGAAGAGGAGGCGGCCAAGAGGGCGGAUGAGAAUGAUCUCGUGAAUGGGAGGGAAAUUGUGGAGGGGAGGCUGGAAGUGCAUGAGGUUGUGAGGAGUGAGGAGGAUGAGAAUUGGAUAGUGGAGAGGCAGGGGAUUGAGAAGGAGAGGGAUGCGUGA